AUGAAGGAGGAGGAGGCAUUCUGUGGCGUGGGGGAAAUCUCCCUGGGUUUGAGGACAGAUACGUCAGGUUGCUUCUUGCACUCUGGAUCACGAAGCUGCAAGAGAGUGUUGGUGGCUUAUACGCACAAAGCAAGAGAGGCAGAGAUCUGCACAUCAUCGGCUCAGAGAGUGCAAACCUCACCCGAAGCACAGCAGCCACAGAGGACCAUGGCAUUUGCAGGGAUGCUGAGCGACGACGACAUCAAGGCUGCGGUCCAGGCUUGUCAAGCUCCAGGCACAUUCGACUUCAAGUCAUUCUUCGCGCAAGUGGGUCUGACUGGCGCAUCUGAGGCAGAUGGGAAAAAAGUGUUUACAGUCCUUGACCAAGACAGGAGUGGAUACAUUGAGGAGGAGGAGCUCAAACUGUUCCUUCAGAAUUUCUCUCCGGGGGCAAGGGAGCUGACUGUGGCUGAGACCAAGAGUCUGAUGGCUGCAGGAGAUAGGGACAGCGAUGGCAAGAUUGGGAUGGAAGAGUUCUGUGAUCUCCUGAAAAAAAGAGAAUAA